AGCCCACCGUUGGAUAGCCAGGCAGAGAUUAUAUCUGACAACCUGACACGAGCUAAUAAUCGUGGUGACUCUUAAUUGAACACUUUGUCAGUAUACAGUCACUCACAUUACGCGGUGUAUGGCGGGAAUUGCACGAUACGCUGUCCGGAGAUGUUCCAUUUUGGUUCUGCCAUCGGCUCGAUCAUUGGACUUACCAGAAAACAAACAACCUUGCACUUACAUUCAGUUCUUUAAACUGCCAUUAACAGAUUUCGAUCUUGUUCAUGUGCAGAUAUAACCCAGUAAAUACUUUUGUCUUAAAUAGCUUGGCCAGUCCUAUUUCGUGAGAGAUUCAGAUUCAUCGCAGUUUCACGAUUUGUAUCUCAACUAGUCUUUUUAGUGGCAUUUUAAAUAGUAUCAUCAAAAUGAAUGAAAGUACGGAACCAGCUCUUUUUGCAGAUCAUCAAUUUGCUGGCAAAAUAGUUGUCAUGGUAUGUAUUACUCCUUUUCUACCUUGCGUCAUCGUCGGCAACGCCCUGUUAGUGUUAGCAGUUUACAGACAGUACAGCCUCCGAACACCAACAAAUGCCAUUAUUGUGAGCCUUGCUAUCUCUAAUCUCCUUGACGCCCUUGUUGGGAUUCCACUAUAUGUGUAUGCAUCAGUCUUUAAAUUCUAUGCAUUGUGCUUAGCUGAAGAAAAUACUCUUUACUAUACUCUACCCUUCAGUGCACUAUCUGGUGUUUCGUUUUUUCACAUUGUGGUGUUGACUUCAGAUCGAUUCAUAGCUGUUACGAAGCCGUUACGUUAUGCCAGCCUGGUGACGUAUAGACGCAUUGCCAUCGUCCUGGGAUGUCUUUGGCUUCUUAGUAUUUUGAUGAACACCGCCCGAUCUGUUAGCUUAGCGCAUGGAUCACAUACAAGUCAAGACCAGAAAGAAACGGACUGUGGGGCUCCUUUAACUGGGACGACGACCGUUACCUUCACCUGGUUGAUAUUUUGUGUGAUCGUGAUUUUAAUGGUUGCGCUGCUUGCCAUCAAUGCUUUGAUUCUUCACAUCGCAGUCAAACAAGCGAGAAAGAUUGCGAGUCAAAGAGUGAUCAUCCAGUUCCAACAGCAGCAACUCCCAGUACAAGAUGACAGAUUGAAAGCAUUUAAGACUAUCUCCCUUGUCGUGGCAGUCUUCAUUAUCUUCUGGUUUCCGUAUCCCCUGUUUCUCAUAUUACAGCUUAUAACGUACCAAUCACCUUUUUAUCUCAUGGUAUACAACAAUUCCUUCCUGGUAUUGCAUACAAUAAGUUUGGUUGUUAAUCCUAUCAUCUACGGCUUUAGAGAUCGGGCUUUUCGAAAGGCCUUUCAAAAUAUAUUGCGUCAAUUGUGAAUAACGUAAUAAACUUUCGAAGUUCGUCGUAACCCCUCCGACGCCAUUUUAGCGUGUGAUCUAUCCAGUUUCACAUCAAAGGGGCACAAUU